ACAAAAUUGGUGGAUGCAAUUGAGUUUGGAUAACAGAGAUAAAAUCAUCCAAUAGUGCAUCCCGUUAUUUGGAAUAAGGAAACUCUGCUUCUCAGCUCCCCUGCUUUCGUUCAUAAAAACAGGGGAACCAUUUGUAUACACCAAAUUCCCAAAUUUCUCCUUGGGUUUUGGAGAGAAUGGCGGUAUCCACCGACGGCCGGAUUGUGUUAUCAGCAGCCGGGAAAUUGAGCGGCACCACCGGAUCGUCUGGGAGGGAUUGGAGGCUCUUGAAGUUCUGCAAUGGAGAGUUAAUGGGAAAGCAGCUGAAAUGGCAAGGAAGUCUCAAUAUGGGUAUUAAGAAAGGAAGUGUUAGGACCAUUGUGUGCACAUCUCUCACUGCUAAUGUUGCUGCCGCCGGUGAGGCUAAGUUGAGGGACUUAGAGAUGGAGAAAAGGGAUCCGAGAACGGUGGUGGCGAUUAUACUGGGAGGAGGAGCCGGUACUCGUCUUUUCCCUCUCACUAAACGCCGUGCCAAACCUGCUGUACCCAUCGGAGGAUCAUACAGGCUGAUUGAUGUCCCCAUGAGCAACUGCAUCAACAGUGGGAUCAACAAAGUCUACAUUCUCACUCAGUUCAACUCUGCAUCCCUCAACCGGCACAUCGCACGUGCUUACAAUCUUGGAGGUGGUGCUUCCUUUGGAGAUGGCUAUGUCGAGGUUCUAGCAGCCACUCAGACUCCGGGUGAGUCAGGCAAAAAGUGGUUCCAAGGUACAGCAGAUGCUGUGAGGCAGUUCCAUUGGCUCUUUGAGGAUGCAAGAAGUAAAGAUAUUGACGACGUGCUCAUUUUAUCUGGGGAUCACUUGUAUAGAAUGGACUACAUGGACCUUGUUCAAAAUCAUCGUCAAAGUGGUGCUGAUAUCACUAUUUCUUCUUUGCCUAUGGAUGACAGCCGCGCUUCAGAUUUUGGUUUGAUGAAGAUAGACAGUAAGGGAAGGAUCAUGUCAUUCAGUGAAAAGCCCAAAGGAAAUGAUUUGAAAGCAAUGGCAGUAGACACAACAGUUUUGGGGCUCAAAAGAGAAGAGGCCGAAAAGAAACCAUACAUUGCUUCCAUGGGAGUCUAUGUCUUCAAGAAGGAGAUUCUUCUGAAUCUUUUAAGAUGGCGCUUCCCCACUGCAAAUGAUUUCGGGUCAGAGAUAAUUCCUGCCUCUGCCAAAGAGUACGUCAUAAAGGCUUAUUUGUUCAAUGAUUACUGGGAAGAUAUUGGAACAAUUAGAUCCUUUUUCGAAGCAAACCUUGCUCUUACUGCUCAUCCCCCCAAAUUUAGCUUCUAUAAUGCAACUAAGCCAAUGUACACAUCAAGAAGAAAUUUACCCCCGACAAAGAUUGACAAUAGCAAGAUUGUUGACUCAAUCGUAUCACAUGGUAGUUUCUUAACCAAUUGCUUCAUAGAGCAUAGUGUUGUUGGCAUCCGAUCCCGGAUAAACUCCAAUGUGCACUUAAAGGACACAGUGAUGCUUGGUGCUGACAACUAUGAAACUGAUGCUGAAAUUGCAUCACUGCUAGCUGAGGGAAGAGUUCCUAUUGGAAUAGGAGAAAAUACCAAAAUCAAAGACUGCAUUAUCGACAAGAACGCUAGAAUUGGCAAGAAUGUUGUUAUAGCAAACUCGGAGGUAUGUUUCUUCACGUAUUUUGUUUCGAAAGAUCAAGAUGAUGGAGAUUCGUGGAUGAUUAGUUGUUUAGAAGUCCAAUUACCAGACUUUACCAAGUAUGGACACUCCUUAAGGCUGUGUUAGGAUCUUCGAUGCUCUGUUAAACAUUUCAGGGAAAGAAAAAAUCAUAGAGAGAACACAGAAAUCUUUCAGUUUCUUCACCACAAUAAAUUUUUUUUUUAUUUUCUUGUUCCUCCGUAAAUUCAUUGAGGUUUAAUUUAAGGCCAUUGAAACAGUCACUCUUCCUUUGGUUGCCAAGAAGAUGGGGAAGGAAACAUGCAAAACACAAAAUCAAUACUUUAACUUGAUGGUUGAACACAUGUUUUGGUAAUUGUAUUUCGAAAAAUGUGGGGAGCGGCCUAAGGGGGUGGCGAUUGAAGGAGAGAGUGAAAAACUUGUUUCAAAAACAAGUAAAACAAGAUUUUGUCUCCUGAGAUUUCGAAAUGUUAGAAAUGAGUUACUCCAGUUUUGUUGGGACCAUUGUCAAGCCUGUUGUUUUCUCCGGUUUCCAAAUGCUUCGGAAACGAAAACAUCACCAAACAGCGAACUAUCAUUGUUUCGUUGGCGAAUUCGCAGGGCAUACAAGAGGCUGAUAGAUCAUCAGAAGGGUUCUACAUCCGUUCGGGCAUCACGGUCAUACUGAAAAACUCGACAAUCGUCGAUGGAUUGGUGAUAUGAUAUGUGCGUAUACAUCUAUACAUCAAUAUAUAGACCUCAUUUCCUCUUCUUUUUGGCAUGAUUGGGAAAGAAAUAUGGACAGUAUAGCAUUGUCUGUCAAUCCCAGCAGCUGUGAAGAGCUUGAAAAACUAUCCAAGGAAGUGUACUAAAUAUGCUUAGUAUCCCUUACUGUUUCUCUUUAAUGCAAUUUUCCAUGAAGGCACCUCGUGGUGCUGAACUUCAUGUCAGCGAUCCAUUCAUGUUCGAGCACAGAUACCCGAGGUGGGACUCGUUCAAGCAGACCGACCACUCAGCAGUGUCAGCCAAACAUCAAUGGAUAUAAUUGCCUGAAAAAUCAAUGGCUCAGAAUUAUUACUAUUACGUCUUUAUUACACCAAAUGUGAAUCUAAACCACAUUUUGAAUUUUUCUUCCCACUUUUAUUUGCACUUUUUUUAGCACCUUUUUA